UAGCUUCUUCAUUAUUCUCUCUUCAAACUCAUAUCAUUCCUCUCUCUCUCUCUCUCUUUCUCCUCCUUCAAUGGAAGAAACUCUAGCCACUCCCGCCACAACCACCAGACGUUCUCUUUCACCGUCUUGCUCAGCCUCUGUGAAAUCACGCGCCGGUGGUUUCGAGCGCAGAACCAAACGUAGGUUGUCAGAGACUAACGCAAUCGCACGUGAAGACCAAGAAGAAGAAGAAGACGAAGUGAAGGAGAAGAUUGAGGCUUUGCAGAGGAUUAUUCCCGGAGGCACGACGCUUGGUGUGGACGCGCUCUUCGAAGAGACAGCUGGUUACAUUAUGUCUCUACAAUGUCAGAUCAAAACCAUUAAAGUCCUAACUUCCUUUCUCCAACGCUUAGAUCAAGAAGACAUGAAGUUCGGAGGUUGAAGAUGACUAUAAACGAUAUUGUUCUUUCUUCGUUUCCUCUAUUCCGCAAAAACCAAAAAAAAAGAAGAUAAACAAACUUUUAUCUUUUAUUUUUAUUUUUUUUCUCUGUUUUUUUUUUUAAUUUUUUUUUAAUUAUUAACAUGAUGAGUUUAUUUAGAUUUUGAUAUACGAGGAAAGAGAUCUCAGCAAUUUUUUUC